UUGAAACCAAACAUCGGGAAGCCCAAGAAACUGGUUUCAUCAAGAGCUGCUGCAAUCGAUCAGACAAACAUCAACAAAAACCUGCAUGCACUAAGACACGCAGCGAGCAGCGUAUUGGAAAGCACCGGUUUAUGCGUAAAUUCCACUAUUAUGGUGCCACGAAUUGCUGAGUGGUGGAACCGUUUGCGACGCGAUCGUGUUAAUUGUGCGCUGGACAUCGAACGAGCAAGCAGCGAUGGAGACGAAACGUUUGGCACAUCUGGUCGCGAUCAUGAUCAGCUUCCUGGCGGUGGGUUUUAUAAGCACCCAAAAGGACAUUAAUACAUUCGGAAUCUUUCGCGAAAAGUCUUAUUACUUUGGUAAUACGUUUAAGCUGAAUUGGUACAAGGCGUCGGAAUACUGCAGGACGCGCGGCAUGUUCCUGGUGGCGAUCAACAACGAUGAGCAGCUGAACGGUGUGGUGGAAUAUAUCGAAAAGAGUGGUUUUACAAAAACGCACGGCAUUCUGCACAUGUGGACAUCCGGCAAUGAUCUCGGCGAGGAAGGACAGUUCUUCUUUUCAUCCACCGGUGAUCGGCUGACGUACGAUCGUUGGACCAAAAACGAACCGAACAAUGCGAUGCACGAUAACUGUACGUUCGAGCAUUGCGUUGUGCUGGAGUAUUUCCAACCGUGGUCCAUAAAUUACACCUUCGACGAUCGGCAAUGUGGUGCGGAGAACUUUUUCAUGUGCGAAACAUUGUACGAUUGAUUGAGCAGGGCGUGUGCUUUAUUCAAAUAUCUCUUCUAGCGCAGAGUUAGUAUUGUCAGGUUAAUGUACUUAUUGCCUAUCAGUCUUUUAGUAUUAAAUCUUAAAAAACAAACGAUUCUCUGU